AUGUCGCCCUCCGUAUCGAGAUUCACUUCGCCCCUACGGAUCAACGAGAAAGGAUCGCAGAGUAUCAGAGGUGGCGGAGCAGAAGGAGAAGAAAAAGGAAGGUCUGGCGAUAGCCUAGCGACAGAUAAUAAUCAUAGUGCUACUACUUCAACUCCCAUCUCCGCCACCAUCAACGAAGCCCUCCGCAACAACCCCUUUGGCAGCACAUCGCGAGCCCGAGCCCUCGAAGCCGAAGCGCAAGCAGCCUCUCUCUCGACGGAAGAACGACUUCGUCGCGAUCUCGAGGAUCUCAAUCGCUCGCUGGUCGUGCUCGCCGAUCUUUUCCCGGAUGUGCGCAUCGAGGUGUUUCGUGAGCUUCUGACUCGUUUUGAUGGUCAGAGUAGACUGCAUGUUUGCGUCGAGCAGUUGCUGAGGCAUAAAGAGCAGUGGGUUCAAGGGCGCUGGAAUGUACCGGUUGAUGAUAAGAAAGUGGUGGGUGUGGAAGUUGUCGCAAAUCCAGUUGACGGUGCAGGUGCCGUGGCUCCCGAAGAGCUUUUUCGGAGCGAGAUAUACAGGAAUACCGUGACAACUGUUUUGUGCAAAGAAUUCAGCGGGCUUAGUCGGAGCACCAUUAAAGGAGUUCUGGCUGAGGUCAAUUACUCAUAUACCCGCGCGCGACCAACACUCAAAGAGCUAUCUAGAAAAGGUUGGCGUGCUACAUUCAUUAAUUUGAAUCCGUUCAAGCGCAAAAAGGACAGCAACAGAGACGACAAUCCCUUGGUCAUCUGGGAACGGUCUGCAUGUGGUAGAGAUGGCGACAAUGGCCCGCCACCACUCGUUCCACGACUCAAGCAGCAGACCGGAUCUGAUGAACUGGAUCAAGAGAUACAUCAGACUCUGAUUGGCCCAUUUCUGCGUGAGCAAAAAGAAACGCAAGAAUGCCAAGAUUAUUGUCUUGCGACGGAACUCAACGAGCAAGAGGCCACGGCUAGCAACGCGCUGUACGAGUGUGAGUGUUGUUUAGACGAUGUUACAUUCGAGCAAGUCUCGGCCUGUUCGUCCGAGAGCCAUAUGAUAUGUUUCAGUUGCAUACAGAGAACGCUCCACGAAGCCGUCUUUGGGCAAGCAUGGGACAAGUCGGUAGAAUCGGAACGAUCAACGCUCAAAUGUGUAGCGCCCGUGAGCCACGGUGUGUGUGAAGGAUAUCUAGACCCGAUGCUUGUCAAGAGAGCUAUUCUCUCUGAGAAGGCCGGUUCGGAGACCUACCGCAAGUUCGAGGAUCGUUUGGCCUCAGAAGCCUUAAUGCUGAAAGCAAAUCUCAAGCUCAUUCGCUGUCCAUUUUGUUCUUAUGCAGAGAUCGACCCAGUUUUCCAUCCUUCUUCUUCAACCUCAAGUGGCGGAGGUCUUCGCUGGAAGUUCCGACGAGAUAAAACGCUCAUAUCUACGAUUGUCACGACCAUCUUACUUCUUGAUUUGAUACCCUUACUUUUGCUACCAUUUUUAAUAUUACUUCUACUCUACCCGCAAACAGCGACUACGCUAUUCCACAAUUCCUUACAGAAUCUCUGUCUCCGCUCACGCAGCCAACGGUUUACAUGCAAGAACCCAUCCUGUCGACAAAUCACCUGUAUGACCUGUCACAAACCCUGGCGGGAUCCGCACACAUGCGAAGAGCCCCUGCAACAAUCGUUACGAACAACCGUCGAAGCCGCGCGCACCGCAGCCGUGAAACGGACCUGUCCGCGCUGCAACCUAUCCUUCGUCAAAUCAUCCGGUUGCAACAAACUAACCUGCAUAUGCGGGUACUCGAUGUGCUAUAUCUGCCGCAAGGCAUUGAACCAUCGCCGUGGCGGCGUUGGCGAAGACGAUGCCGCAGAUCCAGACGCAGGGGAAAGUGGCUACAGGCAUUUCUGUGAGCAUUUUCGCGUUAUUCCCGGUACUCGCUGUACGGAGUGCAACAAGUGUGAGCUCUAUUUCGCCGAAGACGACGAGGCGAUUGCGCGCAAAGCCGGGGAAAAGGCAGAGCGAGAAUGGAGAUUGCGACAGUCUGUUCUUGCUAAUAACAAUAACAACGCUAACAAUAACGAUAUGCAUAAUAAUCAUCCUUAUCGCCAAAGAGACGGCAAUCCUACCAAUCGACCGACCACGACCAUGACAACAACAACAAGAUCUUCCAUUUUCCAAUUCCCGUGGAAACAAGCUGCUCCUCCUCCACGGCCACCACGACCACCACCAAAUCCCGAACCAACAAUACCCAUAGAUAGUAAUUACAAUAAUGAUAAUAAUAACAACAAACACGAUCCCUACCGCAUAUCAACAACAUACUACAACCACUUCAACCGCGCCUCAUGGCACUACUGGCUAAUCGACAUAUGGCAAGAGAAAGAUCGCUGGAAAUGGGAGGUUCAGUUUUGGACAGAUAGGCUUGUUGAGAGGGUUGUUGUGGUUGAUGUUCCUUAG